AAAUGUCAAGUAACAGUGAAGUUGUUUGUGCUUGUUUUAACAUUGUACACUUCAAAGUAGAUGCUUCAAGAAAUAUUCAACAUAUUGAUAAAAAAGGUUAAACCGUUUUAGUGUGUAUCUCAAUGGGCAUUACCUAAAAUUGAGAAUCCUAUGUAAAAUGAAGUAGGAAAGGGAAUAUUUGAAUUCUACGUCCAAACGCCGUUGUCAGGUAAGUUGUGAUGCAAUAGAAUAUGCAACUUUUUUAAACAAAUGUUUGUCAGGUUUGGUUUGAAGAAAAUUAAAAGUCUGUUAGGAAAGGAAGACAGUCAUUUAGUGGAUUAUAGUAUGCACGGCUUCUACUGAGUAUGGUGCGGCUUACGUUUAAGGGGUUUAAUUGAGAAAGAGUUGCCAGUAAACAGCUUCUAUCCGGAUAUUAUUUAUAUGUUUACAUAGACAAUAGCGUUCUUCAUCAUCGUGCUUCAAGUUUAAUGUGUCUGAAUUAACAUCAUUCCGAGGAAAAGCACUUACUUCUGUGAGAAAAUUCAUUAUCCAUUAUGAUAAUGUUUAUUGAACACUUCACUCCUAUAAUAAUAAUAUUUUCGUGUAGAACAAACAUGGUUUUUUUCUAAGGCAGGGAGUCAAAAUUGUUUAAGCGGAGGUCAGAUCAACGAUGACUGCGUAUGUAUACAUAUAGUAAAUCACGAAGUUCUAUAGAGGAACAUCAACUUCAUUGAAUUUUUUUAGAGCAGAAGUAUCCAGACGAUUUCGCAUUUUAUAUCUGACUGAUUCUUCUUUUGAAAUCAACCACAAAGUUGCUAGUGCGAAGAAUGGAGACGAUAAAAAUUUGACGUCUAUCGCUGUCUCAUAACUGUAUGAUAUCAAUCUAAAAGGCUGACUCAUAUAUUCAUGUGCAUUUCUCUCUAAAUUACUGUAUUUCUUUUCUUUAGAGAGAGAGAGAUCACGUUGUCGCAAGCUGUCUUGAUUCAGCUGAAUUGAAAAUGACAGAAGAAGACCAGGGGAGUCAUUUUGAUGAUCUUGAAGAACAAGAUCCCAUCAAGGUGUCAGUAACUUUCAAGCCACAAGAGCAAGACGUCGAAGAUAGACAAGGCAACUUGAACCGGGCUUGCGAUAAGGACAAGCCUAUCUUACGGGACCCCCACACGAAUGGAGAUGAGUGUAAGCACUCCGAGGGUGAGGAACCUAGCCUGCCUGUCAACCCGCCUGUUACACCUAUUCCGUUGUAUCUGGACGCAGAUAAUGCUAAAAGCGAAAGGGAUACAACUGAAAAACAAGAAGUGUUGAAAGGGUGGAAGGGUUACAGUAACAACAUCUAUAUUCGGCCGAUCAUAGUUAACCACGCCUCCUGCGGAGACUGUCAGUGUCCAGCUAAUCAAAAAACACAGCGCAGACUCACAAGCGAGGAUCUACGAAAACAAAUGCGUCUCCGAGAGGCAAACAACUGGAUCAGGAAACACAACGAGAGAAUCCAGAGCACUGGAACGUUACGAUCAAAGACUCAUUCACAUGAACUACACAGACAACAGGAAGCAAAGCAGAUUCAUAACAAACCAAACAACGACGGCAAUACAAAAUAUAAACAAGAAAAGAAAAAAAUCCAUAAAGGAUUUGUUUGCAGGACAUGGGCUUCAAAUUUCCUGUCAAGUGAUGCUCAGAAGAGCGAGGAUGACGAGUUCACUCCGUUCUAUGUCCGAAGAUAUGUGGAUAAAUCAAAAUCGGCCCCUCCUGGUAAAGUGAGACGGAAUACUCCGCUUGUACAAAAACACAGAACAUCCUCAGAAGUUUUAUUAACCCAGAGGGAAGCGCAUGAUCUGUCGUCAGAAAAGUCUUCCCAGGUAUUGAGUGAUAUUGAAGUUCAACUGAAAGAGAAACUCUCCCACGAUGAGUCUUAUAACAGGAGAAAUAAUGAAAAGCCUAACUCUAACAUUUCCCACGCCCUAAUGUGCUCUUGUGGACAGAUUAUACAUCACGAUAACGACAAGCGCGUUCCUGGAGGAGGUUUUCAAGCCCCGAGGCCCGUUGGAGUUGAGAGAACGCAGAAUUCUAAAUUAAAGUUUUCUAUUGUUCUUCCAAUAAAGCAGUUUCCUCCUAUUAAUCCACUUGAGGAACUGAAGAAACCAAAUUUUCCAGCAAGGAAAAAGCUAGGGGUCUCACUAAAUCGCAGACCACACACAGUAGAUACAGCGCUUCUGUCGAGAGGAGUCAUUUUGGUAAAUGGCCAUCAUAAUUUACCAAAUUUUAUAGGUUCAGACAAAGCUUUUAAUAGACAGCGUGAUGGUCAAAUCACCUCUAAAUCUUCUUUUGAAAAUCUAAGCAGGGAGAAACAAUUAUUUGCUAGAGGUCGGCAGAAGCAUGAACAUGGGCAAGGCAAAAGAUUCGAUGAAUCUAUUGGGCCAUCCCAUCAAUGUGUCUUAAAUAAAGACCCAAACAAUCGAGAAAAAUGCGGUCGAAGGUGUUCUACGGGUGAUUCACGAAGAGCGCCGAGGUCUCUCGACGAAAAUGGGAACAGUUUAUAUCGGAACAGUGCGGAUAGUUUAAAAGGACAGCGGCGUUGCGUGAGAACACCGUUACACUCAUUCAAUAGCGAAGAUGACGUCCCCAAAACUGAGUCAAAUGAAACUGGUCUCGGGAGUGAAAUUGAAUAUUCUGUCGAUGGUUUGGCAAAACUGGAUGUUUAUCUUCAACCCAGAGACGUGUGUUUCAAUGAUAAUUAACAAACUCUUAUCUUAGCUUUUCCAAAACUUGUUUGUGCGCUAAUUAAACGUUUUUGAAUGCA